AUUAUAUGAAAAAACGAGAAAUUUAAUCACGCAGCUCGUUACUACGAGUGUACCGAGCGAUUAACGCGACUAAAAUGUAAAACCGCAUUGAUAUUGAUAAGUUAUAGUACAAAGUGUCAUUUAUCAAUACCGUAUGUUGUGACGGAGUAAAUGAAGCUUAUUGGAUUUCACCUAUGGUAGGAGUUUUUCCAUCAAAAAAUGCACACUAUGUACCUACUACAAACAAAAUGAAACGACAAAAUAUAAAUCCUUUUAAAUCUAAUGCGCCACUGUCAAGGAAACAAAACUUUACUCAUUAAUUGUGUAAUUCGUAGUUGGUCAAAACUACUUUGUUAGUCAGUUAGCAACACCUGCACAUAUCAGAUGGAAAAAUGAAAAAAAAUACCCAGCAUCUGAGUGGCCACAAAAAAGUAUUUUACACUCAUAUAAACAAAUAAUAGGAAACUAGAGAGAGUAGUGAAUGAAUUGAGAAUGUUUGCAAAAAUGGAAAGUCUAGAGAAAAUUUCACACUGCACAACAUCAACUGAAAUGCCAAUGGCCACAGCAACAGGGAUCGGCACAUUGCUCACUGCACGUACGCCAACACCCACACACACCAUGUCAGUGUCAACAAGUCCACAUACACCGCCAUCGGUGACACCAAAAAUGCCACCAUUCCCAUCAUCAUCAACAACAACAAUGACGACGCCAUUACAACCGCUAGUGCAGACUUUUACCACACCGUUGCAUCGCAAGAAAGGACGUUUGCAGCGCUCCGAGCGUUUACAAACUGUAGACAAUAGUUCAACUAAUUGCAGCAGCGCUAGCGCUAGUAAUGCAACAACAACACCUACUUCAUACUCAGCCUGGGAGGCUUUGGUUAAGGAGAGUUUCGGACAAAUAGCGUGGCCCAUCAAAAUUACUUCAUGGGAAUUGGUCGAUGACCGUGUGAAAAUCGUGCCAAACAGCUCCUCAGCUACCGAGUUAAUAUCCAGACGCGGCGUUUUCUCACGUCAUCAUUACGGUUCGGUAGAUCAGUUACCACAAUCGGAUUUAGAUGGAUUAGAUCCAAAUUUUAAACGUUUUCGAGUGGAAAAUGGUGACUCGUUGGCAGAAAAAGAUGAGGUCUUUGGCUCGCCCAGCACACCCAUACUGGAAAACCCUGAACAUCAAACACGCUGGUAUUUCAAAUACUUUUUGGGCAAAUUGCACCAAAAUUACGUUGGCAUCGAUGCGGAGAAGAAUCAAUACUUUCUUUCGGUUGUUUCACAAGAGUCGGGACAUCAGGGGGCACCAAUGUAUCGAGCAAUAUUGUUUCGAAAGCAGGGCACACAGAAAAUCGCACUACCCUAUCAAGCCAAUCAGAAGCUGACGGUGAAGCAAAUAUUGACACAUUUCACUGGCAUGGACGCAUCGGCUAAGAAUCCCAAAGAGAUAUUUACUGCCGAUAUACAAAAAGAUUUGCUACUACUUGAGGAGCAGGAGGGUUCGGUGAAUUUCAAAUUCGGUGUAGUGUACAUGCAACCUGGCCAAGAUUGUGAUGAUGAAAUGCUGAGUAAUCAAGAUGCAAGUCAAGACUUUGAAGACUUCCUACAUAUAUUAGGCGAACGGAUACGGCUUAAAGGUUGGGAUCGCUUCCGUGGUGGACUAGAUGUGAAAGGCGAUAUGACUGGCAAAUAUUCGGUGUACACACUAUACGAGGGUCACGAAAUAAUGUUUCACGUGUCGACGCUGCUGCCAUAUUCGCGGGAUAAUCGACAACAGGUGGAACGCAAACGGCAUAUCGGCAAUGAUAUUGUUAACAUCAUUUUCAUUGAUCAGCCAACCGCGAACAAGGCCAAUACGGCUUGCGCGCAAAUGUCAGCGGAUGGAGUGCAGACGAAAGGUGGCAGCGAGGUCAUACUGCCAACAGCAUUUGAUCCCACAUGGAUUAAGAGCCAAUUUACACAUAUUUUUGCGGUUGUCACAAAAAUAGACCAUGCCUAUCGGUUGGCUGUGUUUUGCGAUGAAAAUGUGCCGCCUUUCGGACCGACGCUACCAAAUCCACCAGAAUUUACGGAUAUAGCCAUGUUUCGAGAAUUCCUGCUCGUUAAAAUGAUCAACGCUGAGAAAGCUACAUUUCAAACGCCAAUAUUCUCACAAAAACGCGAAAGAACCUUGGAUAUGUUAAUAAAGGAUUUGUAUGAGGACUAUAUGGGUGAUAGCAAGCUGAAUAUGCUAAAUAGGCGAGCCUUCUCUGAGGUAUUAUACGAUGUGCCGCGCACAUCCAAAUUAAAGGAGGACGCGCGCCAAAUUGAGUUCGUCCGCAUCGGCCAGGCACUUAAACUGGAGGCUAUUGUACGUGGCGAUGCGCCAACUAGCAUUGCAUCGGCUAGUCCCUGCACGAUAUUCCGCAAGCCACCAUGGGAGCCGCAUUGUUUCUAUCCAACUUUUCUACACCGCGGCACAUUGGCUGGCGACUCAUUCGGUUGCAACGACGACAGUUUAUUUAUUGCCACCGACGAUGGCACAUUUCUGAUGAAAGAGGAUCAAUCACAUCAACUUAUCUUCGACAAGUCAUUUCAAGUACGUCAACUCAGCGUAUUGGAGGACCAUGGGCUUGUACUCAUACGUGGCGGUUCACUGACUAAUCGUGAUGCACAUCGUAUGCACGUCUUUCGUUUGCGUGAAUUCCAACCCAAAUAUGCAGAGGAGUCACUUCGUUGUCGCAGUCGUGCCGAGGUGAAGGAGCGACGUAUCGAACGCACACGCGGCUGUCAUUUAUAUGCGAGUUCACGUAUUAGUGGUGGCCAUUUGCGUUUAGUGGUGGCAGUCAACCGUAAAUUACAGUUAUUCCAAUGGAAACAUACAGCCGCCUGGACGUCCUGGUGUCCGGAGAAUGACACAGAAACGGUUGAGGGUUUCAUCUUCCAGAAGGAAAUCACGCUGUGUGAGUCGCCAAGCAUUAUAACGCCACUGGAGGGACCGACUAAUACUAAUGCGGGUGGACUCAUUUGCGUUGGCUACAAAUACCAUUACGAAAUUGUCUGUGAUCAAAUCGGUACAGCCACUAGACUCUACGACUUAGAACAAGCAAAGCGUAAUCAAGCGCAAUUAACGGCGGCCAUCGAACUCUGCGAUGGCAUGGAGACGGAACUACUUUUGUGCUACAAUCACACCUGCCAUUUUCAGAAGCUGAGCGAGCGUGACGGCACGAAAAAUGAUUUCGAUUUCCAUUGGAAUACUUCACCCACUGCAGUUGUGUGUGCUUUCCCCUACAUACUUGGUUUCACUUCGGAUUCAAUGGAAAUUCGACUACUUGUAAAUGGAAACUUAGUGCAUACAGCAAUGAUGCCCGAACUGCAGCUGAUCACCUCGAAACGCGACAUAUUCUUCGUCACCACAGCACCUGAAUUUAUGUCCAAAGAUUUACACAUUAAAGGUCUGCAAAUAAACGAGUUUUCCGCCUCAGAGCGUCGAUUGGUCACUACUCCGAGUGAGGCCUCUUCAAACGAAGAACUCUCACAAGGUGAACUACUGUGCUCAACACCAAAAGAUGUACCCAUAAAUCCAGAAUAUGAGCUAACCAAUUUGCUGGAAAUACCAAACGCCAGCAUGCAAUUGCCACAUAUUCAUCGUGCGCGUUCGCUACAAAAGACUUACAAUGUGUCCGAGGAGAAGCCGGUGAUUGCUAAAAGUAAUUCUUGUGGCGACACAGACAACCGAUUUAGUGGUUUACGCAGCAGUUCGAUAGUGGCCGAUCACUUGCAGCAACACAUCGUACCACCAAAUUCGCCACGUAAUACUAACAACAAUAACAGCAACAACAAUACUAGUAGUAGCAGCAACAGUAACAGCAGCAAAAGUAGUCAACAAUCGCCCAUGUCGCCCACCAGACGUACAUCUAAAUAUCGCAACCUCUUCAAUAGUGUCGGAAGUAGUGGUGGUGGUGGUGGAGGUGGAAAUUCGCCCCAUUUCACGGACGGUUGCUCUAGUUCACCGGACCGUUUAAAACCAUUGCGCGUCUAUCGCAUACCGUUAGCUAAAUUGACUGGCGCCCAUUCUCAUUUUCACAUGCAUGCAUUCAAUGCAACGGCAGCGGCAGGGGCAACGCCUCCCAUACAUCCGACACAACACCUGAGCGCAUUAUCGAUGACGAAACGGCAGAAGUCAGUGGAUGCGCAUCUGUCAUUAUCGAUGAGUAGCAAUCCUGGUCAGCAGCAGCCACAAGCCAAAUUAAUUGCAACGCCUUUGCUACACGAACAGAAAUCAAUGGAUCUGCACUUUGGUGAGAGGGAUUACUAUGACGACAAUAAAUUCCGAGAGGAAGAUGAACGGCAUGCAGACGAGGUGCCGUUACUGUACAAGGGCGGGCCAAAUGCAGCGACGACGCGCAAGAGUAAGCCAACACCGUCGCCAUCGGGCGAAGUGCAAAUGUGGCUGGCAAAAGAGCUGCGCAGGUUUCAAAAAAAUCUCACACAACAAAAUUGAAGACAAACGAUUUGCAAUGAGUUGUGAAAGUAAAGAGGAUUAUGAAUGUACACAAUUUAUUUUUGUUUUGAAGGACUUCUUGCGAAAUAUGUAAAUUAAGUGAUGACUCAUUUAGCCUAGCGGUCUUUAAAAAUCAACCUGCGGAAUUCGUACACUUCUAUUUGGAAUAUAUUGAAAAUGGCUAUCCAUGCUGAAAGUGGGCAAGUUCUGUAUUCGAUAAAAAUCUACAUCACUUAUUCAAUUAGGACGUAGUACUCAAAGGGAAUGCAAAUAAUUUUCUACGUCGCUUAUCUGCCUAACCUUCUAUUUACCUUAUGAUGGAAUCUUAUUUAAUAAUUCCCUCAAAUAGGCCCUAUCAGCGGUUGCAGUCACAUUUUAGUUAUAAUAUAGGGUGGUCCAUAUAGUGGUUAUGUUAAUCGUAUGUUGUUUUGCUAGUGACAGUUGUUUCUUUUUCUUUAUUAUCUCCAAAGUCAAUGUUAUGUAGUCCAAACAGUGCGUUCAUUGAAAAUAAGUCAAAAUCAUCCUUUCUGAUGAAGUGUAUUUUCAUCUGGAUUGUUAUUUUAACAACAAAACUGGCGCAUCUUCGCAUUGGAAAACACGCACGUUAUCGUCGAGAAGUCAAUGAGUUUUCCACGAGUGACAGUUUGGUACAGAUUUUUGGAGCGGUGGCAUUAUUGCCCCAUUUUUCUUUGAAACGGUGAGACCUGCAGAGGUCGAACAUUCUUUGUGUAGAUAGAAGUACUUUUUUUGCUGCACAGUGGUGUGUGCGUAGCUUGCCAUGUAGUGGUCCAAGUCGAUGUUGGGCCUUUGGAUCGUACGUACAUCUAAAAUACUAGAAGCGUGUAUCGCAUAUGAUCGAUCUGGUUUCGCGUUUUUCGAUCAUGAGAGUGCCGCCUAGCUUGAUGUAUCUUUUUAUGCUGGAUUCUGGUGCUGCAUACUACCAUGUUUUGAGCUCCGGCGAAGUCGAUUAGCCUCUGUCCCUUACCAGAUGUUUCGUCGUGCAAGCUGAAUUUUCGAGACCUCCUUGCCCACCCUGGCAUUGAAGUAACCAAGCACGAUUUUAUGUCGUAGUGGGCGCAUCGUUCACAGAAACGAUCCAGGCGCUUAUAGAAGCAAUCUUUGGUCGCAUCGUCUUUCUCUUCCGUCAGGAGGUGAGCGCAAAUGAGCGAUAUGUUAAAAAAUGUAGCUUUGAUGAGGAAACGAAUGUUUGGGAGCUACCAAGAAGAAACUGUUCGAACUAUCUGCAGAAGAAUCGUCCUGGCAACUCCCAAGUGAAUGGCAAUCAUGGACUUACCCUACACGGAACUAUUCUCAAAAAAUAACUAUACAGCUAACUAUAAAAUUAUAAACUUAUAGCUAUGGUGCCCAUUGUUUUGGUUAGGUCUUCCAAAUUUUUAA